AUGUGGCGCGCCGCGGUCUCAUCUGAGCACAUCCGCCUCUACUUUGCCGCCGCCGCGCUCGCGCGUCGCGCCUCGGGCCUCGAGGCGUCUCUAGCUGCGCUCCGGGCGGCGCUGGGCACGCCUGCGGCGGCCGAUGCGGUGGCGGCGCUCACCGCAGCAUGCAAAGCCAGCGGCUGCGAUGAAGAGCUCGGACGCCUCACCGCGGCGCGAGAGCCGUUCGACGAGCACACUGCGCAGCUCAUCGUUCCCGGCCUCUACCUCGGGCCACUCAUGGCGGCCGAGAGUGACGCUUGGCUCGAGCUGCACGGCGUCACCGCAGUACUAGACACGACCGGCGGGUGGAGGCGGAAGUCGUCCGCGCUCGACGGGCAGAGCUGGGUGCGCGAGCCGCCGCCGCCGCCCGGUCGCCGCCAGCAUCUCCAGCUUCCGGCGGAGGACCGCGCCGACUUCAACAUUGAGCCGCUCCUCCGGCGCGGCGUCGACUUUAUCCGCGAGGCGAUCGGGGCGGGCGGCUGUGUGCUGGUGCACUGCCACGCGGGCGUCUCCCGCUCAGCCACCCUCGCCGCCGCGUACCUGAUGGAGGAGCACGCCCUCUCCGUGCGCUGCGCCCUGCGACUCCUCACCGAGGCGCGCCCGUGCUGCCGGCCCAACCCCGGCUUCGAAAAGGCGCUCGUCGGGUGGGAGAUGCGA